UCGGUCAAACGAUGGAUGAGUUGGAUGUGAGGGAAGAGAAGAAGCAUUAUUUGGUGCAGAAGUACCACAACAUUGAGAUCUUAAGCAAUGAAGUGAUGGCAUUGAAUGCUUGCGCACAUGAGUUGACACUAAACGGUGGACAGACUGUCAGAUAUGACAAACUGUGUGUCUGUUUGGGCGCUAAACCCAAGAUGAUUGCUAUGGCAGACACAGUGAAGGACACGAAUCGCUUAUAUAGUGAUCAUAUUGUGGUCAUUAGAGACACACAAACUGUCAGUGAGUUUCAAAGUAGACUCAAAGACGCCAAACGAGUGGUGAUUGUGGGCAACGGAGGUAUCGCUACAGAACUGGUCCAUCAAAUAGUCAACUGUCACCUCAUUUGGUGCAUCAAAGAUGACUCGAUGGGUGCUCUUUAUUUCGACCCAAUGGCCGCUAAAUUUAUGUCCGAUCGGCUCAACCACUGCCCCAAAGACUGUUCCAAAGACUGUCCCAAAGAUAGUCCAAAUAUAUCCAAACGACUCAACUAUACCGUAGAGAUGGUUACUCGUGAGGGCCGUUCAGAGUUCGGGGCCGCUCUCGGCCCCGAUUGGACUCUGUAUAGACCGAUGAUAGGCAUCAGUCACUCGAAGAGUGUCACAAUUGAACCCAAAUGUGAGGCAAACAAUAUUUUUGAGAGCUUUGAGUCGAUCGACGAUUCGAAGAAGCAUUUGAUCUACAAAUCAAACGAAGUCGAUGAUUGCAGUGAUUGGCCCGUCUUUGUUGAGCUGACCACUGGUCGCAUAUAUGGAUGUGAUCUCAUUGUCAACGCCACUGGAGUCCAACCCAACACACAGUCUAUACUUAAAGGAAAUCACUUCGAGUUGGCAUCGGAUGGAGGUCUGAAAAUUUGUUGUCAUUUACUGUAUUAUGGAUGUGAUCUCAUUGUCAACGCCACUGGAGUCCAACCCAACACACAGUCUAUACUUAAAGGAAAUCACUUCGAGUUGGCAUCGGAUGGAGGUCUGAAAGUAAACAACCAAAUGCUGACUUCACACGAAGAUGUUUACGCGGCCGGGGAUGUAACCACAGUGGAUUGGCAUACCAGUGAACUCUGGUUUCAGAUGCGGUUGUGGACACAGGCACGACAAAUGGGAGUCUACGCCGCCUUAUGUAUGUCCGCACACCUCAACGGCACGAGCGCUGAGUUGUACUUCAACUUCGAUGUGUUCGCACACAUGACUCGCUUUUUCGGCUAUAAAGUGGUGCUCUUUUAUGGAUGUGAUCUCAUUGUCAACGCCACUGGAGUCCAACCCAACACACAGUCUAUACUUAAAGGAAAUCACUUCGAGUUGGCAUCGGAUGGAGGUCUGAAAGUAAACAACCAAAUGCUGACUUCACAUGAAGAUGUUUACGCGGCCGGGGAUGUAACCACAGUGGACUGGCAUACCAGUGAACUCUGGUUUCAGAUGCGGUUGUGGACACAGGCACGACAAAUGGGAGUCUACGCCGCCUUAUGUAUGUCCGCACACCUCAACGGCACGAGCGCUGAGUUGUACUUCAACUUCGAUGUGUUCGCACACAUGACUCGCUUUUUCGGCUAUAAAGUGGUGCUCUUAGGUCUAUAUAACGGCCAAAACUUGGAGCCGAGUGAGUGUCGGACACUCGUGAGGGUUGUGCCACAGCAACAGUUCGUCAAAGUGGUGCUCAGGGAUCAUAAAAUGGUCGGCGCUCUGCUCAUUGGCGACACCGACCUCGAGGAGACCUUUGAGCAUUUGAUCCUGGAUCAACUCGAUUUGAGCGCUUUUGGGGACCACUUGCUCGACAAUACAGUGGACAUCGAAGACUAUUUCGACUAAUAAUAAAGACAAUAUUUUUUGAUUAC